AUGGAGUUUUCUCUAAUUUCUCUAGUGAUUCUCUCGAUUUUUGUGCACGGUACUUACGGCGACUAUGGAGGAUGGAAUACCGCUCACGCCACUUUCUAUGGCGGCGGAGAUGCAUCGGGCACAAUGGGUGGUGCUUGCGGCUAUGGCAAUUUGUACAGCCAGGGCUACGGUACAAACACCGCAGCCCUGAGUACAGCCCUGUUUAACAACGGUCUCACUUGCGGCGCGUGCUACGAGCUGACGUGCGCUGGCGAGCCCAAGUGGUGCCUCUCGGGUGUCAUCACUGUCACCGCCACCAACUUCUGCCCUCCCAACCCGGCCCUACCCAACGACGAUGGCGGGUGGUGCAACCCGCCACGUCAGCACUUCGACCUGGCCCAGCCGGCCUUCCUGCAGAUCGCCCAGUACCGAGCCGGCAUUGUCCCGGUUUCUUACCGAAGAGUGCCCUGCCGAAAGAAGGGUGGAGUGAGGUUCACGAUCAACGGGCACUCGUUUUUCAACCUGGUGCUCGUGACCAAUGUAGGCGGCUCGGGAGACGUGCAAUCGGUUUCGGUUAAAGGGUCGAAGACAGGCUGGCAGGCAAUGUCGAGGAAUUGGGGACAAAAUUGGCAGAGCAACUCGAACCUCAACGGCCAGGCGCUGUCGUUUCAAAUCACGACUGGCGACGGGCGAAUACUCACGAGCUACAACGUGGCGCCGCCUGGGUGGCAGUUCGGACAAACGUUCGAAGGGGGCCAAUUUUAG